GUAGAAAGGUAGAUCUGGAGAGAGAUAGAAGAGAGUGAGGGAGAAAGACUGAUAAGGUCCCUGAUCCUGCAACCACACAGAGUAUAGAGAGAGAGAGAGAGAGAAGAAGAGAGAGAGUGGCUGGAGCUGAGUAUUCCUGAGCUGUCCUGCAGUCUUGCUGAUAUAUUCUCUGUCACUGUCCGACUCGUUCUGACCAGAUGAUGUCAUCGGAACUCCUGUCCUUUUGUUGGCUGCAACAGCUGCUGGUGGUGCUCCUGAAGCUCACCCUGUCCUCCGCCGGACCGACCAAUUGGACAGAGUGUACGGCUAGAGGUCCUGCCUCCUACAUCCUGGUCUUUACGGGUCACUGGAGCCCCCAGACGUUUCCUAAACAGUACCCACUGUUCCGUCCCCCUGCACAGUGGUCCAAACUCAUAGCUAUCACCCAUAACAAGCAGCACCGGCUGUUUCAGGAGGGGGCGCUGGCUAGUAUAGGGGUGCAGAACUUCGCUGAGGUCGGGGUGACAGUAGAGCUGGUGAAGGGGGCGAAGGAUGCCAGGAAGAGACGGGCUGUCGGUGCCAUGUACAGAACAGCGGGCAUCGCCACUGGCAUUGGGCACAGCUCCACAGAACUGCUGCUGCAACCACGGAGCCCACUGCUCUCUCUGAUGGUGAAAGUGAUCCCCAGCCCUGAUUGGUUCGUGGGUAUGGACAGUCUCAACCUCUGUGAAGGCGGCCAGUGGAAACAGGAAGUGACCCUUGACCUCCAACCCUUUGACGCGGGAACAGACAGCGGCUUCACGUUCUCCUCACCUAACUACCCCACCGUCCCCCAGGAAAACAUCACACGGAUAACUUCCCAGAUGCCCAACCACCCAGCCAACUCCUUCUACUACCCCCGUCUCACAGAGCUCCCGCCCAUAGCCUCAAUACGGCUAACCAGACAGAGCCGUUCAUCCUCCCGUCAAACUCCCAUGUCCAAUCACAUUCUGCCUCAACCUAUCCACCCUCAACACUUCUCAGAGACACCUUUGGACUGUGAGGUGUCUCUGUGGUCGUCCUGGGGUCUGUGUCUGGGGCCCUGCUCCAGGGGAGGGGUCCGCCACCGUACCCGCUACAUCCUCCUGUGGCCGGCUAACACUGGAGCCCCCUGUCCUGAGCUGGAGGAACAGACCGAGUGCACGCCACACAACUGCCUGAAGCCCCAGUGACCCAUGGUUGAGUAGGGUGAAGUUGCCCCUAGACACUGAUCUAAAGUAUUUUAGGUUUAGGCCAGUAAGGUUCGGAUUCGGUUGGGGACGGUAUGCUGAUCUUAGAACUGUUCUUAGGGGGAAAUUCUAGUUGGAGCAACUCCCAUGCCCGUCUCCAAGGUAACACUGGGACUCAUACACAGUGCCGGACUCCACAAACAGAAAACAAUAAUGCAAGCAAUGGACUCUUUCACUGCAGAAUGCCAGUUUAGUCUUAAAUGGAGUUGACUUUUUGAUGUGGUCUUGGUAUAGAGUACUCUACCAAUUUAAAUUCCAACCAGUCCUCCAAUACUUUUCCUUGAGGACUUGUAUUAAGAAACACUGUUGUUGACCGAUGACAAGCAUCCACAUGACAAAAGAGAACAAUGACAUUAUCAGUGGACAUGACAAGCAUCCACAUGACAAAAGAGAACAAUGACAUUAUCAGUGGACAUGAGCGACACAAAGCUAUGUAGAGUAUGUCCUUGCACAUAAAUAAUACUCUCUUACUUUGUGGAACCUGGGGCAUUGAUUUACAUGGGAAUCCUACACGAUGCUCAGCUCAGCGCACAGCCAUCAUUCAACAACCACACAGACAAAUUUAUAAAUACCCUUUUCACAAGACACAACUGAAGGCUAACUAUAGCCUGGUACCCCAUGUCAGGAAACCCAAGCCAAGUUGGAGCGAGGCGGUUUUAUAAAAGAAAAAUGGAGACCGUUUUUUUUAGCAGUUAUAUUACAUUUACAUUUACAUUUACGUCAUUUAGCAGACGCUCUUAUCCAGAGCGACUUAC